UUAAGUCCCAAAGAAGACUACUAGAUUACGUCGAACGCUUUUAUGGGAACGGCUUUCUCACCUGGCGUUAGACGCGCGCAGCGCGCAUCGUUCAGAUCAUUUGGUGCGCGCCCGGAACAGUGGACCACGCCCGGGCAGCCCUUACGAGCGAGACAGCGCCGCAAAAGAACGCCGCCACCGUCCGGCAGCCCUUCGACGUGCGUGGACGCGCAGCCAUGAAAAACAAGGACAGCGCCAAUACCGCGACAGGCGCAGCAGCGGUGGCGCCGAGCCCGCCCCCGCGCGGACCGAAGAACGCAGCGGCGGCGCGCGGGAUGGCGAACGGCGCCAGCGACCGCGUCGGAGCGGCGGCGGCGCGCACGAUCGGCCGGUGCUCGACGGCGGCUCUUUUUGCUGCUGCGUGCGUCUACACCGUGUCUUCGGGGAGCGUCGUCCUCGUGCUGUCGGCGCUCACUGCGACGCACGCGACGAUGGCGGCGGCCGUGAAGAAGAAGGGCGGCUUCUGCAGUCAGAUUUGGAAUUCCACGCUGAAUUCGGCGGCGUUUUGGGCGUUCGCGGCGCGCACGACGGCCACGCGCUGCUCUGGCGAGUGGUCCGGUCUGCUCGGCGCGGCGAGUAGCCUAGGCGAGGACAACAGUUGGCGGUCGCUGGGCGCUGCUGCCGCCUCGGCGUGCGUCUGGGCCUUUUUCUGCGCCGUCGCCGCGCUGCUAUUGCUCGCGGCGGCCCUCAAUGACUUUAGAAGCUCCGCGAGGUGCGCGGCCUGGCGCAAGUGCGUCGCGCUACUGGCCUUGCCGGACCUCGCGGCGGCUCGGCUCGGACCGGCGAACGCGUCGGUCGCGCCGUUCUCGGAAAGGUUUGCUCAGGCGCGACGCAAGCUCACCAUGACCGACAGCAACAUCUACACGGCCGUCACGGCGUGGCUUGCGGACGCGACGGCGGCCGAGGCCGUGUACGGCCAUAUUUCUACGUGGGAGACUUCCGGGGUGACGGACAUGUCGGAGUUGUUUUGCGCCGGGGACUAUUGUGACUACUACAACUCGGGGGCAGCGUCCUUUAACGAGGACAUUGGCGCGUGGGACACCUCUGGCGUCACGACGAUGCGAGAGAUGUUCCGAGGCGCCUCGGCCUUUAACCGAGAUAUCAGCAGCUGGCAGGUCGGCAGCGUCACGAGCAUGGCGCACUUGUUCCUCCUAGCCUCGUCAUUUAACCAAGACAUCGGCAGUUGGGCGGUCGACAGCGUCACGGAGAUGAGCGGGGUCUUCUGGUACGCCUCGUCGUUCAACCAGGACAUCAGUGGUUGGAACGUACAAAGCGUUACGAAGAUGUCCGCCAUGUUCCACCACGCCUCGUCGUUUGACCAGGACAUCAGCGAGUGGGACACCUCCAGCGUAACGAACACGGAUUCGAUGUUCGACGGUGCGUCGGUCUUUAACCAAAACAUCGGUGGUUGGACGGUCCAGAGCGUCACUUCCAUGCGGGACAUGUUUGCCCACACGCCGGCCUUUAACCAGGACAUCGGCGACUGGGACGUCGACAACGUCUAUAUGAUGGACUGGAUGUUCGCCGAAGCCUCGGCCUUUAACCAGGACAUCAGCGCGUGGGUCACCUCAAGCGUUACGAGAAUGCCCCUGAUGUUCAGCGGCGCCUCGGCCUUCAAUCAGGACAUCAGCGCGUGGGAUGUCUCGGGCGUCACGUACAUGAGCUUCAUGUUCAGCGGCGCCUCGGCCUUCGACCAGGACCUGGGCUGGUGCGUUGAUGAAGACGUUUUUGAUCCCCAUGAUAGAGGCUACGACAUUCACGACGCGUUCUUUAACACCCCGUGCGCGUCGACGUCGUGCGGCGUCUCGGAAAAGGACGAAAGCGGCAUCUGCCCGACGCCGCAGCCUACUCCUCAGCCGACGCCACGCCCAACUGUGAACAACGUCAUGACCGACAGCAACAUCUACACGGCCCGCGACGCGUGGUUUGCGGACCCGACGGCGGCCGAGGCGACGUACGGCCAUAUCUCCAUGUGGGACACAUCGGGGGUGACGGACAUGGAGACCUUGUUUUGCGUGUCGCCGUCGCCGUCAAAUUGGGCUGCUAACUGCAACGCGGCCGCUGCAUCCUUCAACGAGGACAUCAGCGCGUGGGAUACCUCUAGCGUCACGAAGAUGAGCUACAUGUUCUAUGACGCCGAGGACUUCGACCAACCAAUUGGUGGCUGGGCAGUCAAUCAGGUCACGGAUAUGAGCUACAUGUUCUACAAUGCCAGGUCGUUCGACCAACCGCUCGGCGCCUGGCAGGUCGACAACGUUGAGAAUAUGCUCGCCCUAUUCAAAAAAGCCAGGUCGUUCAACCAACCAAUUAAUGACUGGAGCGUCGACAGUGUCACGGAUAUGGGGGGCAUUUUUCACACCGCUGACGGCUUCAAUCAACCGCUCAGCGCCUGGGAAGUCGGCAAUGUCGAGAAUAUGGAUGGGAUGUUCAUAUACGCCCGGGCGUUCAACCAACCGAUUAGCGGCUGGAGCGUCGAAAGCGUCACGCAUAUGGGCUACAUGUUCGCCGAAGCUUCGGCAUUCAACCAACCGCUCGGCGACUGGAACCUGCUCGACGGCGUGUCGAUGACCAACAUGUUCCGCGACGCCGAGGCCUUCGACCAGGACCUCGGCUGGUGCGUUGCUGAUGGCGUUUUUGAUCCCGAUGAUAGAGGGUACGACAUUCACACCGCGUUCGAGAACACCCCGUGCGCGUCGACGUCGUGCGGCGUCUCGGAAAAGGAUGAAAGCGGCAUCUGCCCGACGCCGCACCCUACUCCUCAGCCGACGCCGCACCCAACGCCGCACCCUACUCCUCAGCCGACGCCACACCCUACUCCUCAUCCGACGCCGCACCCUUCGUGGCAACCAACUCGUCGGCCUACGCCGCACCCUACUCCUCAUCCGACGCCGCACCCGUCGUGGCAGCCAACGCCUCGGCCUACGUCGCUGCCAACUCCUCAGCCAUCGCCGCGGCCGUCACUGCCUCCGACGCUGCGGCCGACGCCUCAACCGUCGUGGCAGCCAACACCUCGGCCUACGUCGCACCCGACGCCGAUGCCGACACCGCAGCCCACUCCGGGCCCGACGCAAGUGCCGGUGCAUAAAUCAAACCGUCGCCGACUCGCCGCGCGUUUGAAGAAGCAUGACCUCAACGCCAUCGACGCGACGCCAGCUCGAUGGCGUGGCGUCGUGGUCUGGUACCGCUGGUUCUGGCCAACACGGCGGCGUUCUCGCCGAGAGGGGACUUGGUGCAGAAUUCUCGUGCGCCCCCGAUUCACUGUUCGAAUUGCCCACAGGCCGAUGCCGACGCCGCAGCCGACGCCGCACCCGUCGUGGCAGCCAACGCCUCGGCCUACGCCGCACCCGACUCCGCACCCUUCGUGGCAGCCAUCGCCUCGGCCUACGUCGCGGCCAUCGCCGUCGCCCACCGUCGUGCCGGGCAGCCCGACGGCGCGCCCUGUCUUCAACCCGACGCCAAGGCCUACAUCUCGACCAACUCCCCAGCCCACAGCAAAUCCUACGCCCCGACCGACGCCCAUGCCGACUCCCGCGCCGAGCGCACGCCCUACGCCUGGGCCAACGCCGAAACCGACGUCGUCGCCGACCCGGCGGCCUACACCGCGGCCCACGCCGAUUCCGUCGCCCCUGCCGUCGCGGCCGCCGACACCCGCGCCGUUGCCGGCUCCGUCGCUCAGGCCCACGCCGCGGCCGACGCCGCGCCCGACCUUUACUCCGACGCCGGCGCCGUCACCGGUGCCCGGAAGUCCGACGCAGCGGCCGACGCCCAGACCUACGCCGAGGCCUACUCCAGCGCCUACGUCGAGGCCGACGACGCCGGCCCCAACGCCGACCCAGAUGGUCGUCCAGAUUACAUCGUCAGUGACGCUCGAGGGCAUCGUCGCCGUCGUUUUCAAUGCCGACAAGGACGGCAUGCAAGCUGCGUUUGCGCAGUCGAUCAUCGACAGCGUCGGCGGGCUCUUCGAAGAGAUCAUCGAAAUCGAGGCCACCGAGCAGCGACGGCGCUUGCAAACAACGUAUUCGCCGACAGCUGCGCCGACGUCCAUGCAAGACGAGGAGGAGGACGAGGAGGAGGAAGACGUCGUCGAAAUAUCAUACACGGGCGUCGCGCGCGUCGACGGCACCGACGGCGAGGCUGCCUCGGCGGAUUUGUUGGAGCAAUCUAUGGACGCAAUGACGUUAGCGAUCUAUGAUGGUAGUUUCUUGGCCACGCUGCAGGCCUCAGACCCUGCGUUCUCUGCCGUGGCCGUAGACGUCGACGCGACGCAAGCGGCGAUCGAGGCGGCGUCAUAUACGUUCGUCUUCCUGACGCCGGGGCCCACCGCCGCGCCUACGCUGGGCCCGACCCCGAGAAUCACGUUUCCCGGAGCGGCCGAAAGCUCGUUUGACCCGCCCACGAACUCCAGCGCCAGCGGUUCCGGCACCGGCCCUGCUCUGGCGUCUACCCAUAUCAUAUUGAUUGCCGUCGGUGGCGCUGUGCUUUUCUUGAUAAUGAUCGGGUCGGCCGUGACUGUGUGGCGCCGCGAGCACGCGAGGCAGCAGCCCAAGCGGCCGACGGACGAAGCCAUCGACGUCGAACUCGGAUCAAAUGAGGCGGCGCUGGAGCGCCACCGGGACGUGACCAAAGUCGUGGCAACGGGCAUGAGCCUCGUGAACACGCUGCUCACAGCGGGUUCUCUCGUGCCCUUCGUCGGAGACAUCGCCGAGGUCGCGAACGAGUUCUUUGGCUCCGCCAGCGAAUUUGGGGACAAGGCGGACGACGUCGUCACCGCGGCGCGGCGCGUCGUGGAGGUGCUGCAGCUGGUAGACCUCAUGACGAAGAACGCGGACUCGCUGAUAGAAGGCAAGGAUAUCGUGGAGGCGCGGAUGCGGCAACUGCUAGAGCUGCUGCAAUCUUUCCACGCCGCCGUGCGGGCCUUUGGCACGCGGGGCUGGUUUAAGAGAAUGUGGACGAUCCGCGAACACGUUGACUCGUUGUCGGAGCUGGAUCGCGACAUCAAGCUGCAGCUCGAGAUGUUUCGAGACGCCUACCGGCUCGCGGUGGACAAUGUUUACCUGGAGCGAACCUACAGGAUCGAGCAGGCCAUUGAGCGGCUUGUGGCCGAGAGAGUGCAGACGACCGGCGAGUCCAAAGCGACGGCCGUCGAGGCGCUGUCCAAGGACGCGGCGACAGUCGAGGCCGUCGGCGCGCACCUGCCGGCAGAGGAGUUCGCCGCCGAGCUACGAGAGUUCCACAUACAGCUCCGGGCCGACGUGAAGGAGCUGCUGCGCCGCGACUCGUCCCUCCGGAAGAAGCUGUUGCGUCGCGAUUCGUCGCUGAAAAAGAGGCUGGGCAGCCUCGCCAACUCGCUGACGAAGAAGACCCAAGCGGAGACCGUGCGGUCACUCAAAAGCGACACGCUGGCGCAGCUCGAGGUUACCUUGGAUAGCGUGGAGGACGUGCCCUUCGCACAGGGCGGCCAGGGCGAGGUUUUUAACGGAACUUUGGCCGGUGAAGAAGUAUGCCUGAAGAAAGUGUCGCUGGUCGGGUGCACCGCGGCCGGGCGCGAGCGGCUGCUGCGCCAGUUCAAGACGGAGCUUCUUAUUAUGGCGCGCUUGCAUUCGCCGCGGACGGUCCGCGUCCUCGGCGUCGUCAGCACAGACCCGCGGUAUCUCGGACUCGUCAUGGAGUACAUGUCGGGAGGCAGCGUGCGCAACGCGCUCGACUCCGGCUUGGGCUUGGCGGCCGACGUGCGGCGGACGUGGUGCUCCGACAUCGCCGCGGGUAUGCGCUACUUGUACGCGCAAGGCGUCGAGCACCGGGAUCUCAAGUGCGCGAACUGCUUGCUCACGGCGGAAGGCAGGGUGAAAGUUGUGGACUUCGGGCUCGCGCGCUGCGAGGAGCUGCGCACCCAGCUCACGUCGACGAUCGCGAUGCACCUCAAAGGCACGCCGGCGUUCAUGGCCCCGGAACUUUUGGAAGACCAGACGUUCACGGAGAAGUCUGACGUGUAUUCCUACGCCAUCGUGCUGUGGGAGAUUUACGACCGAGGCAUCCCGUGGUCGGGCCUCAUGCCGGCCCAGAUCAUUUCCAAGGUGAUCGUCAAGCACGCGCGGCCGCCGGUGCCCAAGGGCAUGCCCGCCAACCUCCGCACCCUGAUGUGCCGCUGCUGGGCCCACAAACCCGACAAGCGGCCAACCUUCGCCGAGGUCGUCAAGGAGGUCGCGGUGCCGACGCCGCGCCGGCCGAGCUUGAGUUCGUUCGCGGCCACGGCCGCGCCCGGGCUGGCCCGGGACGAGACGCCGUCGGGGCAGGGUCCGACGCGCUCGCUCGGGAGCGGCGUCCUCGACAGGCUCCGCGGCGUCUUUACUCCGUCGCGCGAGGCCGCGGCCGACGCGCCGCCGCCGCCGCCGCCGCCGCCUGGCGCGACGGUCUCGGCGGGCGAGUCCGUCGACGUCAUGGAGCUGUCUAUUGAUGGUGUGGAUUGCUGA